AAAUAGUGGUUAAGUUGUAAAUUGCAUCGAGAUGAUAAUACUUGUUUAAACUUUGUGACAUUGAUAAGGUAGUCUCAAUUUUCUUUAAAAUGAAAAGUUUAUAUUUCUGCACUGGUAUAGUUGUUUCCAUCAUUCUAGCAAGGCUUAAUCCAAAUAUCGGUGCUCCAGGAGGUUUACUAAAACCAGAGCUGACUGUAAAAUAUUUAGCUGUGUCUAUGAUAUUUCUCAAUGGUGGGUUGAAUAUUCCAACAGAGACAUUGACAGCUGCCGUAAAAAGAUGGGACAUUCACCUUUUUGUGCAAGUUUUUGCAUUUGUAGUUUUUCCUGUGAUAGUCUACACCCUAGUCACUCUAUUGAAAUACACUUUUCUUCAUCCUGCUUUACUUGAUGGAUUGUUGAUAUUGAGUGCAAUGCCACCUCCUGUUUCAUCAGCAAUCAUUCUUACUAGAUUAGUUGGGGGAAAUGAAGCAGCAGCCUUGUUUAAUUCAGUUUUUGGAAGCAUGUUGGGUAUAUUUUUGACACCACCACUUAUUUUGUUCAUAUUAGGCUCAAAAGAAGUUGAAAUUCCAUCUGAGCAAAUACUCAAGCAGCUGAUCUUAACAGUCGUUGUACCUUUAAUCUGUGGUCUAGUUUUUAGAAACUAUAAACGGAGAUGGCUGCUUAAACAAAACAUUCCAUUCAACCUGAUUGGCCAUCUCCUUACGUUCUACAUUAUUUACGCCACAUUUUGUGCUACCUUUACAAGAUCAGAUCUCUCUUUGGAUUACUUUUCUUUGAUUACCACUGGUUUUAUAAUUUUCUGCCUGCAGUCUGGCAUUAUGUGUUUAUUGCUGUUCUUAACUUCCAGUUCAGUGUUUAAUUUUGAUUGUUUAGAUUGUGUCACCAUUGCUUUUUCUGGGACACAUAAAUCUAUAACUUUGGGUAUGCCAGUUAUAGAAAUAAUUUUUGAGGGCAACCCAAACAUCAGUUAUCUUUCUGUACCACUUCUUAUCUACAACCCCAUGCAAAUAGUGUUGGGUGGGAUGUCUAUAGAACUCCUGGAGCGCUGGUUAAACUCUCAUAGAAAUAGCAGAAGGACCAGUGCCAGGAAUUCAUAUUGAAAAGUAACAUCUUAUAGGUCUCAUGUAUGACAAGAUCAAAAUGAAAUUAUUGGAAAAACAUGUUAACAUAAUUAUUUAAGUCAUCAAGUUAAUGAAAAUAUGAUAUUACAAAAUUGUUUAAUAAACAUCUAUCUGAUGCAUGAACAUUUAAAUUGACUGAAAUUGUUUUAAAAUUUCAACUGAAUAUGUUUUGAUUGCUUUUUUACAAGUUUUUAAACUGCAAUAUUAUUACAUUGUCUACAUCUGAUAUUAAUAUUAUGUCUACAUCUGCUGUUAAUAAAAAA